AUGCUGCAUCUAUCGGUGAAUCUGGAGCAUCUGGCUCCGGGUUUUUUUUCGAAUUUUGAAAAGAAGCUCCAUGUACCAAAUGAACAUGAAGCUGUGAAAGAAGCUCCCCCUUCAUCGCUCGUUUCUGAUACUAAUGAUGAUGUAAAAAAGCCUGUUAAACAAAAGCCCAAGCAAAUUAGUGUUGAAGAAUUGCAAGAAGCUCUUCUGAAGAACGAGUUAGCGUUCCAUAGACGGAUUGAAGCACUGCUUCAGGAGAAUAGGGAGUUGCGCAGUGAACUUCUUCUUAAGUCUCAGAAAUCUUUACAAAAAGGUCGUAUCAACAAAUCUUUGAUUGAUAUGUAUUCAGAAGUAUUGGAUGAACUAUCAGACUUGGAUUCUGCAUACAAUGCUCAGGACCAAUUACCAAGAGUGGUUGUUGUUGGUGAUCAAAGCUCUGGGAAAACAUCUGUUUUAGAAAUGAUAGUACAGGCUCGGAUAUUUCCAAGAGAUGGUUCACGUGAAUACGAUCUCACAAAAGAGUCCGAACUUGCAUCGUUGAGGAAAGAGAUAGAGAUGCGUAUGAAGGCACUUGUUAGUGGUGGUAAAACAGUCAGCACUGACGUCAUUUCCCUAAACGUGAAAGGGCCUGGGCUUCAGAGGAUGGUUCUUGUUGACCUACCUGGCAUAAUUUCUACUGUAACAACGGGUAUGCAGUCUGGUACACGUGAAACUAUACAGGAUGUUGCUCGACAAUAUAUGAACAAUCCGAAUGCGAUUAUUUUAUGUGUUCAAGAUGGGAGUAUCGAUGCUGAGCGUAGCAAUGUAACAGAUCUAGUAUCUUCUGUAGAUCCUUCAGGUAAACGAACUAUCUUUGUUUUGACCAAAGUGGAUUUGGCUGAAUCAAAUCUGCGCAGCCCAGACCGUAUCAGACAAAUUCUGGAGGGUAAAUUAUUUCCUAUGAAAGCACUUGGUUAUUUUGCUGUGGUCACAGGAAAAGGUACAAAAGAUGAAAGUAUAGAUAGCAUUAAAGAAUAUGAAGAGAAUUUCUUUCGUCAUUCUCGUCUAUUUAAAGAAGGUACACUUCCAAGGCUGUAUCAGAGAGAUUCUGGAAAAUGGUCAAAGAUUCAGUUGAACAACAAGCUGAUACAUAUAGAGCUAUUCAUUAUAAUCUUGAAACAGAAUGGAAAAAUUCGUUUCCUCAUUUACGUGAAAUGGAUCGUGAAGAAUUAUUUGAAAAAAGCUCGUAACAAUAUAUUAGAUGACCUAAUAUCACUAAAUGGUAUCAGCUCCACUGUAUGGGAGAAAAAUAUUCAUUACGAAUUAUGGAACAAACUAAAAGAUUAUAUAUUCACUAAAAUAAUUGAACCCUCACAGCACAUUGACGAUAUAGGAACCUUUCAGACAAACGUUGAUAUUUGGCUUCGUGAUUGGGUUGAAAAUAAUUUACCGAAAGCUUCAAUUGAAACUGGUUUGCAGACAUUAUACAAUCAACUGGAUAGUAAAUUAAAAACGAUGAAAGAUGUACCUGGUUAUGAUCCAGUAUUUGAUCCAUUAAAAGUGACUGUACAUCACGAAAUUCGUAAGCGUCAUCACUGGGACCCUAAAGCUGAAUCCAGAUUGCGUGUCAUACAAUCGAAUGCUUUAGACGAUCAUACUGUACAUACAAAGUCUCAGUGGACCGCUGCUGUAGAUCUAUUAGAACAAGCAGUUAAAGCUCGAUUAAAAGAUGUAAAUCAGUCGAUUACUUCAAGUUUUGGUCCUGGAUGGGUUGAACAAUGGACUCGUUGGAAAAAACGCACAGCAGAAGAAGAUGCUCGUUUACAAACCGCUCAGGAGAUUGAAAAUUUAUUAAUAUCACUUCCAAAACCAUCCGCUCAUAUUAAUCAAGAUGAUUUAACUACUAUUAGACGUAAUCUUCAAGCUCGUAAUGUUCCUGUGACUGAUAAAAUUAUUUGUGAAACUUGGGAACCUUUAGUUCGACGUUUUUAUCUCGAACGAUCUUUGUUUGUUUGUCAAGAGUGUCGAAAAGGCUUUUACUAUUAUCAGCAUGGUUUUCUGAAUACAUCUUCAUUUAAUAAAUCCUCUAAUACCAAUGAACAUACAUCUAAUGCAGCUGAAAAUUCUCGUUUACGUAAAGAUUCAUUGUCAUCUGAUUUCCCUGAUUGUCGUGAAGUGAUCUUUUUCUCUCGCCUGAAUCGUAUGAUGAAUGCAACUAGUAAUGCGCUUAGACAACAAAUUAUGAAUGAUGAAGCACGUCGUUUGGAACAUUACGUAAAGCAAGUUUUAAACGAAUUGUCUAAUGAUCCUAUUCGUGUAAAAAAGCUUAUCACUGGCAGGCGUGUACAAUUAGCUGAAGAUUUAAGUCGAACAAGACAUAUUCAAGAGAAAUUAGAAGAGUUCAUUGCAGCUUUAAAAGCAAGCGAAUAA